AUGAACGAAGACUAUCCAGCGGUGUUCCCUGCCCCAGAUCCUCAAUACAAAGAAGAUCCCCUUCCCGGCAUUCCAGAUGACCUCAAAGAAUAUCUCAAAUUGGAUUUCGGCCAAGGAUACUACGAGCCAAAGUGCAAUAACCCGGAGAGACGUCCUUAUAUUGAGCCCGUCUACUAUUGGCCGGGAGAUACAAUCAAACUGAAGUGCCGAGUGUGUGAGGAGGAGCAGGCCAACAAUGGGAAGAUCAAGAAUUGGGCCUUUUUGGAUCGAAAAAUAGCUGGCAAGAUCGAUAAAUUGCAUUUGACUAUCAAGAAUAAGAACUGGUUACCCAUUCAACAACUUCAUACUAAGCCUCCAAGGCCCGUGCUAACGCCAGAAUUUACAUGCAAGUUUUUGCUUAUGUCCGCUAAUGAAUUCUUCAUUUUAGUCUCGAGUGCAACACCUAUCCACCGUCCCAAUCCACAUGCCUACCAAAGAGAUGGGUUUCUUAUCAUAACCAAUGUCAGUUUGAGCUACAGUAUCUUCAUAUUUUAUUUUUCAGAGUGUAGCAGCAACUUACGGACUCUAUCGUUGUUUUGAUUAUGACAAGACUGAUAACCUCGACUAUAUCUAUUACCUUAUUCCUUACACUCCUAUACUGGUAGACUCGGCAAAUCAGCGGACCAUCAGACCCGAAUAUGAAAUUCUAGAGAGAGAAAGUUACAAACAUUUCGAUGAAUACCAUCGAUGGAGAACUUAUCCGACCUUCAUUCAAGACAAAAAGAAUGGAAUUUGUGCCGGAGAAUGUAACGACAAGGUGAUAUUACAACAAAUUGCGCCAUCUUAGAAUAGUAUCUAGAUGUUUCCCACAUCAAAACCCCGGUAACUAAAUGGGAAGGUCCAGUGAUUCGUGAUCACGACGUCAAAAAACUGACACACAAGAUCAAUUUGGAAGUUUACUUUAAAUGGGAUAAUUGGACAUCUUGUGAGAAUGGGAUGGAUAUGCAAACUAGGGUCGGACAAUGUUACCUACGCAAAACAAGGCCUUCGAUUGUAUUCAAAAGGGAUUUGGAUCCACUAUCAGGAAAAGAGAAACAUGUUCUGGGGGAAGUGGACUAUGCCCUGACUCUCCACAAACUUCUGGAGAAUGUCCCGGCCUUCAAACAAGACGGGUUCCCGUUGUUUACGUCAGUAUAA